CACCGGAUAAGCCGCCGCCGCCAAAAAUUUGUCUUGCUUUGUUGUCUGGCUGUAAGCCAACCCCCAAGAAGAAGAAGCAUUUGUUUUGGUUGGGAACGUCUUGUUUGAUUCGUGUUGUAAUGCUUGUGGACCCAGAAUUUUAUUUCGUUAAGGAGAGAACAACUUGGAUUGCACAAUAACAAAUAUAAUUAGCCAAAGCUACAUACAGAGACAGAGAAACGAGUUGCAAACUUGUUGCAGUAAACAUCAAAAUCCAUUGGACUAGCCAUUCAAGUUUCAGUGAAUUUCUUGGUGACGGUGUAAUUUAAAAACUUUAAAUAAACUUUCUUUUGUUUGACUGAAUGCCUUAAUUGAAUUAAAGACAAGAAUGCGAAACCGCACUGACAACAACAGUGGUUACAGUUCAGAAUUCAGCAGCAGCGAUGAAGAUACCCAGCUGAAAAAAGUCCACGCCCGUAUGUGUGGCGUUGGCCAUCAAAGGAACACAGAUAUUGUACCGAGACCCGGUGCCUCUCCUGGAUAUUGGUUAAGCUGCCUUUUGCCCCUGUCCCUAGUUGCAACAUAUUGGACAAAUUUACACGAAGAACCACAAAGAUGCUCCAACAUACCACAACAAUAUAAAUUAGUCACGCUAACAGCUCUAACAAUUUGUAUACAGAAUAUAAGUUUUUUUAUGUACCUGGCACUGCAGGCCAAACUUUACAAAUGGCUAAUCGUAUUCAUACCCUUUGUGGGUGGAACGUGUAUUUUUAAGUUUGGUCUCGGUAUGAAUUGGUGGUUGGCAUUCGUUUGGACCUUAUUCAUCGAUGUAAUCUUUCAGAGAUGUUACAUACAAGUAAUGCGCGAUUUACCAAAAAGUUUUACCUAUGGCGAAGCAUCAAUAUUGACGCAGGGUAUAUUCCUAUUUGUUAUGAAUACCCUGAUUAUGGGUUAUCAUUUAAUAGUGACAGAGCCGGUUAAGGAAAAUGCAAAUGAAAUGCAAACAUUGUCCACAAUUAUGAUGUUUGCAUUACUUUGGCUUUUAUUGGUGUGUACCUCCCUAUUGGCUUGCCAAUUUCUGCGUAAACCAUUUAUCUUUUAUCCUAUUAUGAUGACAUUUGUUGCAGCAGCGACUUUGGCACCGGUCACAAAACCACUACCAGUUAUUGCUGUAUUUGAAUUCAUUUUCCAAGAUCGAAUGAGGCUCUACAUAAUAUUAUUUUAUGUGGCCCUGGUUAUAGCCACCGUAGCCGUAGUUUGCUGGCAACUUCGUAAUGCUCAACAUGCAACGACUAGUGUACGAAAACUCUUCCACAUUUUUAUGGUUUUAGUCUAUAUACCCGGCCUGCUGUAUGAAUGUGCUUUUCUGUACAUUGCUUCGGGUGUGGCCAUGGCAUUAAUAACAAUAUUUGAUUUAUUGCGAAUACUGAAAAUGCCACCCCUGGGUGAGAUAUUGGAAAAGGCUUUUCAUUCGUUUGCCGAUGAAAAAGAUGCCGGCAUUAUAGCAUUUACACCGAUGUGCUUGUUAAUUGGUUGCUCCCUGCCCAUUUGGAUUAUGCCCUGUCCGUGCGCGACAAAUGAACAUGGACUGAAUGUGAAACUGUUACCUUUGCUGUCCGGUGUGCUGACAAUCGGAUUUGGUGAUACAGCAGCCAGUGUGAUUGGUUCGAAAUAUGGUCGCAACAAAUGGAAAAAUAGUUCCCGUUCGGUUGAGGGUUCAGUGGCAUUUGUCCUGUAUGUCUUGUUGCCCAUUGCUAUUUUAAAUUUAAUGGAAUUUGUGCAAUUGAAUGUAGUGCAAUGGUCUGUUACCGUUGUGGCCACACUUAUAUCGGCUCUUGUAGAAGCCCGUACUGAUCAAAUAGAUAAUUUAGUAUUACCAUUAGUUUUUUAUAUAAUUAUAAGUCUGUGUUAGUGUUUCUUUUCAUUUUUGUCUGAGAGAAAAAUCAAAUGGUAACAUUCCUUCCAAGAGGCGAAAAUUUGAUAGACGUAGAUAUAAGUUAUUUUUAGGCACUGAUUUUAUUGGCACUACUGAGAUACAUACUGUUUAUAUGUAAUAUAAAAAUAUAAUUGUUAUAAAACAAUGAGAUUAAAUAUAUAUUUUCUUAAAUGUA